ACAUCCGUGUUCUCGCUCCGUGGGCCGUGUUCUGUUAUCUGAGACAGCGUGUUUACGGCGUGGAAAGACACGCUGAACGUGUUCAAUGCUUAUCCUUGACUCUCAAGGCCAGAUCCGCUCCAGCAUGUUUAUCUGUGAGCUGACACACCCGUGGCCUUGUCUCGUUCGGGGUAUAUAAAGAGCGUGAGGGAUGCUGGGGUCCAGAGAGACAGAGAUACGAUUCAGUGAUUCAGUGAUUCAGUGAUUCAGUCAGUCAGAAAGAGACACGAUGCUACCUGCGACUUUUAAACUGUGUGCCGGCAUUUCCUACAGACACACCAGGAACAUGACCGGUUUGAGGAAAAACGCCAUGAUGGCCAUCCACCACGAGCUGAGCAAACUGUCCGGCCCCGGACCAAGCAUGUGGGUCAGAAACAUCCGCCGCAGGAGCUCGCUGCUCUGCAGCAGGAUCGAGGAAGAGACUAUGAGUGAAUCGGAGCAGGUUUACGUGCGACAGGGUCAGGAGGCAUUACAGAAGUCCAUCAGCAUCCUCAGCAACCCAGAUGGCUGGCAAACUGAGAUCGAGACGUCGACGGGAGAUAAAGUGCUCAGUAAAGUUCUUCCAGACGUCGGCAAGGUCUUCAGGCUGGAGGUGGUUCUGGACCAGCAGCCCGACGAGCUGUAUGAGGAGCUGGUGGAGAACAUGGAGCGCAUGGGCGAGUGGAACCCCAACGUCAAACAAGUCAAGAUCCUACAGAAGGUCAAUCAGGACACCCUGGUGACCCACGAGGUUUCGGGGGAGACCCCGGGGAACGUGGUGGGUCCGAGGGAUUUCGUUAGCGUGCGCUGUACCAAACGCAGGGGCUCCACAUGCUUCCUGGCCGGGAUGUCAACCCAACAUCCCAGCAUGCCUGAGCAGAAGGGCUUCGUCCGAGCGGAGAACGGACCGACAUGCAUCGUGAUGAGGCCCAGCGCAGACGAUCCCAACAAGACAAAGUUCACCUGGUUACUCAGUUUAGACCUGAAGGGCUGGAUUCCCAAAGCAGUGAUAAACCGAGUUCUCUCUCAGACCCAGGUGGAUUUUGCUAACCAUCUCCGAGACAGAAUGGCUAACAACAGAGGCAUGGAGGUGUCGAUGGCCUGCUGACAUCAUACAUAAACACGCACACACACACACCCGGCCAACUCUAAUUAGGGAUAAAACUCCACCCACUCAUAACAUCACCGCUUCUGACAUCACAAGUCUAGCGUAAGAGAUGAUGGAGCCGGAGCGUGUACAGUGACUACGCAAUCUGCAUAUCUGAGUUAAUAGUUAAUGCAUAAUGCUCACAUACAGCACCAGAUGUUACAGUUAAUCCAAACCCUGUUGUCCUCAGCUGCUAAUAAACUGGAAGUCAGACAUUCCGAUAUUUAUUUAUUUAAUUUUUUUUUGACUAAGUCUAAGACAACUUCAUGUUUUGUAGAAUAGCUUAUAACCAACGGUCUCAAAUGUUAAACUAUGACGUUAAUGUUGCCACCAAGUAAAGGAAGUUUAUGGCCCCUAGUUCUUGAAAAACUUCCUGGG